CCUCCGUGAGUUCACCCAGGUAAGGCCAAGAGAGAGAGAGAGUUAAUGGCAGUCAGAGCAUCAGUCUUCUGUCUUAUCGGAGUCAAUGGCGAUCAAAGCAUCACUUCUCUGUCUAAUCGGAGUUAAUGGCGAUUGGAGCAUCACUACUCUCUUAGCUCGUACAUGCUACUAUGGCCAAACGCCUCCGGUGAGAACAGCUUGGACAAAUGCAAAUAUAGAAAGAAGAUUUAUACGAUAUGCAAACUAUGGGAUUCAUGUCACUUGUGAAUAUUUUGAGUGGAUUGACCCACCAUUGUGCUGCCGCUCGUGUGAUCUACUACCAAGACUCGUGCAACGAGUAAAUCAUAUGGAGUUUGAAGUUGAAAAAACUCAAAAAAAGGAAAAGUUGUAUCGAAGAAUGUUGCUAGGAAGUUGGAUACUGUUUGUAUGCUAUAUUGCAUGUACUCUAAAAUGAAAAGAGAGAGAGAGAAAGAGAGAAAAAAAAAAAAAAAAGUGUUAUGUAACCUGAUAUGAGGAAUGAAAAUAUGUAAUAUUGAAGACUAUUUUGAGAUAUAAAUUAAAUAUAUUUUUGAAAUGUUACAAAACCUGUUCAAUACCAACACCUGAAGCACGUUAAUUAAGCAUCAACAUAUCAACAUUUCACUCACAAAACCUAACC